AUGUUCGUUUUAUAUAUGUUCCUAUUGCAUUUACUUUUCACUUGCAAAGGUGAUACAGAUUUUUUGUGUUCUAAAGAGUUUUGCUCUAAAGGAUCUGGAAGCAAUGGGGAAGGAUGUACAGAUGUUAUACCUCCAGGAUGUCAAAACAAAGGAGUGAUGCUUCAAUCACCUACUCCAUGCAAUUGCUGUCAGUACUGCAUUGGUUAUCUAGAAGAAGGAGCAGAGUGUAAUCCAGGAAACCAAGGUUCAGCAACAGUUCAAAAUAUUUGUGGUCCUGGCUUGACAUGCGCCAAAAAUGAAAAAGGUUCAGAAAUAUGUAUUCCAAUGAAUGAGACAAAGUGUGCUGAAAAGCAGAACAGAUAUGAUCAAACUCCUAGUUAUGCAGAAAUUUCUUGGCGUCCAGUAUGUGACAGUGAAGGGAAUUUUGGACCAGUUCAUUGCAUCCCAAAUUCAAUUUGUUACUGUAUUGAACCUAGCAAUGGAAAAAGAAUAUUUGGUGAAGCUGUUUUCUCAGACUAUGCUACACAAAUGAGUUGUUCAUGCUCUUUGGCAGCUUGGGAAGCGUCAAAACUUGGGGAGAAAAAUGAUUACUUUCGUUGUCUGCCAGAUGGACAGUACGAUGAAUUGCAGUGUGUUGAUGAUGAAUGCAUAUGUGUUGACAAAACAACUGGAUCUCCAAUUGGAACGACAACUGUUCAUGCCAGUAAACUAAAGAAAGGCAUUUUGCCUUGUUUUAACGAAGAGAUUCAUCCUGAUGAACGAUUUGAAAAAUCAUGUGCACGGGAAUAUAAAAUCAUUUUAGAUGAAGUAUCAAAGUGGGAAAAUGAAAAUUUUGAAGUUUUGAGUAUUAAACUACCCAAAUGCACAGCUGAUGGUCAUUAUCACAGAGUUCAAACACCAGAAAGUGGAAAAGGAUUUAGAUGUGUGGAUCCUGACGGUAAUCUCAUUGACAAAUAUGAAAGUGAUCAGGGUGAAAGCAACUGUAAUUGUGCCUAUACGAGUUGGCUACUAAGGAAAGAAGGUAUAAAGGAAAUUCCGGUAUGUAACAGUGAUGGUACUUUUAGACCCUGGCAAUGCUCAAGAGAUAAAUGUUAUUGUGUUGAUGAAAAUGGUGAUCAGAAUUAUGACCAAGUUCUUAGUUCUAGUAAUGCUAAUUCAUUAGAUUGUUUUCAAUAA